CAAAUAAAUUUAUUAUAUAUCAAUAUUUUUUAUUGACGAUAACGUUAUAGCAAGACAGCUUCCAAGCUGGCCAAGUAACGUCAAACCAAUUUCAUACCAAAAUAUAAAUAAAUUGUGUAUUAUUGUUGUCACAUAAAGAGCCUUAAAGUUUGGAGAACACUCCGAUCUGGUCAAACAGGGCGAGUGCUUUGUACGAGUCUAUUAGUGUCUGCUAAAACGAUGUUAACUGGGAUUGGUCUUGAAAAGCACGAGUAAUUUUGACUGAAACGGCUUCUUGUACGGCAAUAAAUUACUGAUAAUUAGGAAGAUUAAAUAGAUUCACCAGUGGGCUAGGGGCUCGAGAAUUUAACUGUGGUAGGAGGCGGCAAAAGGGUCUCUUGCACAAUAUUUCCCAAAAACACAUUAGGGGAAUAUUUUGCUGUUACAACAUCCAGAAAAAUAAACAGAUAAAAGUGACUCGAUCGUAUGCGUCCGUUGCAGACAAUGGAUGUGAUAAACUAUUUACAAUAUGGUUUGAGGGUAAUGUCCAUGUAUUUUAUAUGGCAAAACAGACCAUUCGGUCAAAGACAAGGAUUCAACCCCGCACUGGGAAAAAAUAUAAAACUAUAAGGAAAAAUAGCUUCGGCUAGAUGUGGACGACGAGUACUUCUAGGCGUUAAAGAGCAAAUAAUCUGAUAUUGAUUUUGAUUUAGCAACCCGACUAACUACAAAACAAUUGCGAAAGCUUAGAGACAAUGCAGCAGUUCACUUAUUAGCUUGGAGCCAGACGAAAGUCCUUCGGCUAAGCACCCGGAACUUCAAUCCAUAUCACCAAGCUGUCAUCAAUCAAUAAUUGAAUAUCUUAAAACAUCGAAGAACACAUAUCCAUGGAGGAAUCAUUGAAAAGCUAAUUAAAAUCAACUUAAAAAAUUUCCAUUCGAAAAUAGUCAUCAAUUAUAAUCAAAACGAUUUCAUUGAUAUAACUUCGUUAGCAUCGCUUCAGAGGAACAACCUAGCUGUAUGAACACUGAAUAAUCCCUGUUUAAAAAGAUGUCGAAUUCCCUGGUAGAGUGCAAAGGCGAGAUUGCUGACGCUGAGUGGCAAUUUUGGUGUCGACUAUGUUCUAAAGAUGAUGUACGAAAUAUCAACAUACUACCAGAAGGAAGUCAAACACCAGCCACAGAUCCUUCAAGCUCUCUUUUGGAUUUCAUAGCAGAGUUUUUUAAAAUUCAGAUUGAACAAGAUGCUGAACUACCACACUGGCUUUGUGCACAGUGCUUCUCUUUGGUUACAGCUCUUUCCAAAUACACAAAUCAAGUGAAGAACGUCCAGAACAUGUACAACGAAAUUCAAAAGUCUACUGAUCGAAAAAGUCUUAAUCUAAGAGAAUUUCGUGAAAAAUAUAACUUGCUGGAUGAUGAUCUAUUUAUUUUUAGUUUAUCAGAUACAAAAUUGACAAACGAAAAUAUUUUCAUGCCCGACGUAGUCGAAAUAACGGAGCACAUGAUAAAGAAUGAAGUAUUAACAGACGAAGUGCAAAGUGGUACAUUUUUUGAAAAUGUCGAAUACAAAAGUGAGUUCCAGGAUCCGUUUGGUGAUGUGAUGGAAAAUCAAUCUGGUGAAGCGGAUAGUAUUAAUUCUAGUAAAGUAGAUAAGGAUUUAGAAAGCGCAAAUGCCAAAAGCAAUAAGAAUGUUAAUUACGACAGGAAACAGAAACAUCAGGAAAAAGAUAUCUUUAUAUGUCAGCAAUGUAAUAAAAAAUUCAAAAACACGUCUCACUUAAAUCGUCAUAUAAGGUCACAUCACCCUCCAUGUGCACCAAAGCAUCAAAAGAAAAAAAUCAUAAACAGAGCGGAGCAAACAACUAAAAAGUUUAACUACAACUGCAGCGUGUGUUCAAUGGAUUUUUUACGGAUCAGUAAUUAUCACAUCCAUAUGAAGAAAUCUCAUGGCAUUGUUAAAACAGAUGACCCACCUAUUUCAUGUCCACAAUGUGGUAGAACUUUCAAAGGCAGUUUUGAAUUAAAUCGUCACAUUGAAACUCAUCGUCCGCUAGCAGAGAGGCAAAUAUUUCCGUGUCCACAAUGUGACCGAAAAUUCCAAACGAAAGAAUACGUUGCUAAACAUAUAAAAUAUGUACACGAGGACAUACGUCCCUUCAUUUGCGAAGAAUGUGGCGAAAGUGUACGUACAGAACCUGCUUUACGAGAACAUAUGCUCACACACACCAACAAUACACCCUUUAUAUGCGAAGUGUGUGAGAAAGGCUUCAAAAGUAAAUCACGACUGAAGAAUCACAUGGAGAUACACAGUAGCAAUAAACACACGUGCGGCGAAUGUGGGUUACAAUUAAAUUCUCGAGUAACACUAAAUCGGCAUAUGCUUGUACAUUCUGAUGUACUGCGGCAUAAGUGCGAAUACUGUGGGCGUGCAUUUAAACGUGCUAAGACUCUUAAAGCGCAUUUAAUACUACAUAGUGGCUUAAAGCCUUAUUCUUGUGACUUUUGUGACAGAACUUUUGCUAAUGGUUCCAAUUGCCGUACACACAAGAGAAAGUCACAUCCGGAGGAACUAGCUGCUCAAGAGGCUUUCGGAGGAAAGCAAUUUACAAAAAAUAUACCUAAAUUGGUUGUUUUAAAGACAGUAACAAGCUCGGCUGAAAAUCUCCUGCCUGUGGUAUGUAAUCAAAGUGGUAACUUCUCAUUUGGCGAAAAACCGAAAUCACAUCCCCAAGAAGAAUCUCAACCACAUCCCCAGGCUGAACAACAACAAAACUCAAAUUUUCACUAAACUAUUUACAAAAAUAAUGUAAUUUUGUUGCUGUUAAGUGAUUUAUGUUGUAAAUUGCCUUAGUUUUAGUUAAAAUUUAAAUACAUAUUUAAAGAAACAAUAUUGGUGAGGAACGAAUGUGUA